AUGAAUAUUUCGAAUACCGUGUUCUGCCACGAUGCCUCCUUUGGGCCGACAGUCUACAGUAAAGACUGUCACCGGGUUGAUUUUUCUUUACUCUUUGAAGAUGCCAUAUUUGCAAUUCUUCCUACGACUUUCUUUCUCCUUGUUAGUCCCAUCCGAUUCAUUCAGCUUUAUCGGAGAGCCCCCAAAGCGCGGUGCAGUUCGACUACUAGACACCUCACUAAAUCGGUAUGCGAAAUAAGCCCGUCUUUGGAUUUUGCUUCCGCUGUUGCGGUCGGCUUAUUAUCUUAUUGUGAACAGGUGAAAAGUGCCCGACCGGCUCCUUUAAUCACGACUUUCCUGUCUUUGACCUCGUUGUUAGACGGCGCCAGAACUCGGACGGAAUGGCUGAUAAGCGGGUCGUCAUCGACAAUCCCUUCAAUAUUCUCCGCCUCUCUUGCCACAAAAGUAUUGCUUCUUUUGCUCGAGUCGCUUUCAAAAGGUCAUGAUUUGCUGCAACCGCUGAACAGGAAUUAUACGACAGAAGAAACGGCGGGGAUAUUCAGCCUCAGUUGUUUUGCAUGGAUCAUUCCGCUGGUCAUCAAAGGAUAUCGACAUCAUUUGUCAAUCGAUGACUUAUAUCCUGUCAAUCAUGACAUAGCCGCUGCAACGGUGGCCGCGCAGCUGAAAAAUGCAUGGCAGUCCAGCAAGAAGAAUAAAUCCUAUUCCCUUUUCUUGGCCACUGCACGAGCACUAUGGGUUCCAUUAUGUCUUCCAAUGAUCCCUCAGUUUUUUUUGGUGGCUUUCAAUCUCAUGCAGCCUCUUUUGAUUAACAAUGCUGUCGACUUUGUCGAGAAUCCGAGGGAUAAACCAGCUGUUUUUGGAUACGGUCUUAUUGGCGCUAUGGGAUUGACAUAUCUAGGUAUUGCUAUAGCAACUGCAUGGUAUCAGUAUCUCACUGCAAAAACCCUUGCAAAGAUCCGCGCAGCACUCAUCGGCCUAACCUACCAGUCUAUGCUAGAAAUGAAUCAAAGCGUUGACAGCAUGAUAUCAUCUUCUGUCGUAAGUUUGAUCAACGUCGACGUCGAUAGAAUCAUCAACGCUCUUCAGUGGGUUAUUGGUAUUGCACCCGAUGCGAUUCAAGUCGGACUCGCCGUGUGGCUUUUGCAAAUUCAUCUAGGCGCAAUCUGUGUGGCCCCAGUCUUGGUUGUUUUGGGUCACAUCCGCUCUUGCAUCUGGUCAAAUUGGCAAACUCGUCCGGCCCAGGCAACGAUUGUGGAUGCAGGCAAUCGAGACCAGAACGGGGGCGACAUCGGAAGUGCUGGGUUCAAUGAAGGGAAAGAGGAGCUUCGAAUUUCUAAACGGUUUAGACAGGUUCAAAUCAGCAAUAUCAUCGUGGGAAAUUCACCUCGCCUGUUAUCACCAAUCAUUACGUUCAUCGCGUUCGGUAUUGUCGUUAAAACGUCUGGAAACAAGACUCCAGACACUGCCACCAUAUUCUCGGCCUUGUCGCUUUUGUCCAUUCUCAUUGACCCGGUCAAUGAACUAGUCGCUAUUGGCCCGAACCUUGCCAUGGCUUUGGAUUGCUUUAAUCGUAUACAGGAAUAUGUCACGCAAGAAAAGCGCGUCGAUUAUCGAGAUUUCUCGUGUUAUCGUGACGACAAUAACAGCACUGACGCUAACCCAGCCCCAAAAAGAAAGAACGAAAUAGGAGCAAAAGGAGCUGCCGCUCUGUCGACCCUAGAGGAGGAGCCCACCGCCGGAACGGAAAUACAACUGAUCAACGUCGAUGUUGGCUGGGCUAGAAAGACACUAACUCUGCAAAACCUUUCACUUACCAUAGAUCCAUUAUCCCUGAAUAUCGUAAUUGGAGACGUCGGCAGCGGGAAAUCGACUUUUCUCAAACUAUUGCUCGGAGAGGUGAUGAUACUCAAAGGAUCAGUGAGGUUGGGAACCGAUGAGAUUGCCUAUUGUGAUCAGACGGCAUUUGUGAGAAACCAAAGCAUCCGCGAAAACAUCGUCGGACCGCUCAACUACGAUUCAGAAUGGUAUAGCACCUGCAUCAAGGCAUGUGCUCUCGAUGUGGAUAUCCAGACCAUGCCACAAAUGGAUAGCACUGUCGUUGGAAGCAAAGGCAUCGCCUUGAGUGGAGGACAGAAACAACGUAUUACUUUGGCACGGGCGGCCUAUGCUCGGAAGAAAAUAAUCCUGCUCGACGACGUACUUGCGGGCUUGGAUGCUAUAACUGAGCGUCAUUGUUUCCAUAAUUUGCUUGGCGAAAAUGGCAUUUUUAGACGCCACACGGCUACGGUUAUAUAUGUAACACACUCUGUAAAAUGGCUUCCAUACGCCGAUAAGAUUAUUGCACUUGGACCGAAAGGCAACUUGCAACAGAUGGGAACAUAUCAAGAGCUGGUUUCCAAAGCUGGCUAUGUCCAGGAUCUCAAGUUGAAGACCAGUGACCAUGUUCCAGAGUCGGAAAUUAGUUUGACAAAGGACCAAAUUGAUCAGCAUGAAUUCAGACAAGAACAAACCGACAAGGCUGUAGGACUAGUGAAUGAAACCGAAGAUCAAGAUCAAAACAACAGUAUCCGCAGCAAUCCGUCUUCUAUUCUAUUUUAUAUUGGCUCCAUGGGAUGGAUAAGAUUUCUGAGUUUUGUUCUUCUGGUCGGUGUUGAGGUUGCCACGAAUGCAAUGCAGUCAAUAUGGCUCAGCUGGUGGACUGACGCAAAUCAAAAACAUCCAAAUUCGAAUCUUGGGAGGUGGAUGGGCGUGUACGCUGCAUUUGGUCUCUUGUCUUUAUGCUUUCUUGGCAUGAGCGGAGCGUAUCUCCUGAUAUUGAUCAUCCCAAAGUCUUCCAACAGAUUACAUUGGAAUGUCUUGCGGUGUACGAUGAUGGCCCCAAUUACUUUCUUUUCAAAAAAAAACACUGGAUCAAUCCUGAAUCUAUUUAGUCAGGACAUGACUCUAAUCGACAUGCAAUUACCAAUCGCCUUGAUACUUGCCACUGGAAGCUUCGGCAACUCCAUUUCCGGCGUUGUCCUCACUUCAGUAGCCACUAGCUACAUGGCAAUAUCCAUACCCUUCCUCGUGAUAACGCUUUGCUGUCUUCAAAGGGUCUACCUGCAAACCUCACGACAGAUUCGUGCCCUGGACCUCGAGGCCAAAUCACCGCUGCUUGAACACUUUCUCGAAUCCCUCGAAGGUUCAAUGAGCAUCCACGCUUUCUCAUGGACACACCACCUCAUCUCCGAGAAUUUUCACCGGCUGGACCAAUCCCAAAAACCUUUUUAUCUGCUUCUGUGUAUUCAACGCUGGUUAGGCUUUGUGUUAAAUUGUAUCAUUGUCAUACUGGCAAUCGUUCUCAUGGCGGUAACUGUUGCUCUGCGGGACCGGAUCAACCCGGGCCUUUUAGGCGUGGCAAUGGUAAGCGUGGUCAAUUUGGGACAGACUCUUUCGUCGUUUAUCACGUAUUGGACUACAUUAGAGACUUCUCUUACUGCAAUCAGCCGGAUUAAAAGAUAUAUUAACGAGACUCCUUCGGAAGAGCUAAAACAACUACCACAAGAUUGGCCAUCUGAGUUAAGUAUCGAAUUUCAGCACGUAUCAGUCUCGUUCCACCCCACUGGCAAGAGCGUGCUAACAGACAUCAACCUCUCUAUCCCCAGCGGCCAAUGUAUCGCAAUCUGCGGCCGCUCUGGAUCCGGCAAGUCAACCCUAAUCGCGUGCCUCGCUGGUCUUCUGCGACCAAACCAAGGCUGCAUCCGAAUCGGGCAACAUGUUAUAUCCAAUAGUUCGCAACAAGAAAUUUGCCAGCGACUGAUCACUGCUAUAACCCAAGAAGCCUGGUUUAUGCCACGAGGUUGCGACGACACGGUGCGUGACAACCUGGAUCCGUUCGGACAAGUUCAGAACGACGAAGAGAUUUAUCGUGUAUUGGAGAAAACGGGACUGAGAGAGCAAAUUGAUCGUAUGGGAGGGUUGCAGGCUCGGUUAAAGCAAGACGGAGACGGAAUGUUGUCGAUGGGGCAAACCCAGCUGUUUUGCCUUGCCCGUGCGAUGCUCAGCAGGAGAAGCGGGAAGAUAUUAAUUAUGGACGAAGCUAUGAGCAGUGUCGACUACAAAACGGAAACCACAAUACUCUCGUUACUUCGAACCGAGUUUGCAGGCUGGACUAUUAUCGCCAUUGUGCAUCGUCUGCGGUUCAUUCCAAAAUAUUUUGAUCGCGUACUAGUCCUGCACCAAGGACGAGUGGUCGAGUGUGAUACUCCACAAUGUCUUUUGGCUGAUUCUUCCUCGUUCUUAAGGAAGAUGACUGAAGGGGAACAACUAGAGCAUGGUGGUCAAGAGUAA